UAUUAAUUCUGUGACUGUAGACGAAGUGGACGAUCCAACGCUGCGGCUCCAGACUGAUGACCGGGUCAGGGUGACUGGGGCCUGACAUCCAGAGGUCGUUGACCCCGACCCUGACCCUGACCACACGCUCUGGUCUGAUAAAACGCCGUGUGAACUGAUCACUUCUUCAGACUGAGACCAUGAGGCUGCUGGUGCUGCUGCUGCUGGUUCUGGUUCUGGUUCUGCUGUGCUGGACGUGGACGAGCUCGGCCGUCGUCAGGAUCCCUCUGAGACGGAUGUCCUCCGUUCGUUCCCGGCUGCGGACCAGGGGUCUCCUGGGGGAGUUCUUGAGGGACCACCGACCCGACGCCUUUAACCGCCGUUACGCUCAGUGUUUCCCGGCAGGAACUCCUUCUCUGCGUCUGGGCCGCUCCAGCGAGAGGAUCUACAACUUCAUGGACGCUCAGUUCUACGGUGAGAUCAGGUUGGGAACGCCGGAGCAGAACUUCACCGUGGUCUUCGACACUGGUUCAGCUGAUCUGUGGGUGCCGUCGGUCUACUGCGUCAGCGAGGCCUGUGCUCUGCACCACAGAUUCAAGGCGUUUGAGUCGACGUCGUUUCGUCACGAUGGUCGGAUGUUUGGGAUUCACUACGGGUCGGGUCACCUGAUGGGCGUCAUGGCGAGGGACACGCUCAAGGUGGACAACGUGACGGUUCUGAACCAGGAGUUCGGGGAGUCCGUCUAUGAACCAGGAGCCGCCUUCGUUCUGGCCCAGUUCGACGGGGUUCUGGGCAUGGGGUACCCCUCCCUGGCAGAAAUCCUGGGAAACCCCGUGUUUGACAGCAUGAUGGCCCAGAAGUCGGUGGACGAGGACGUGUUCUCCUUCUACCUCAGCAGGAAACAGGAGGGGGAGCUGAUGCUGGGGGGCGCAGACCAGGCCCUGUACACUGAACCCAUUAACUGGAUCCCAGUGACGGCCAAAGGAUACUGGCAGAUUAAGAUGGACGGUGUGGCGGUGCAGGGCAUGAGUUCCUUCUGCCCUCGUGGCUGUCAGGCCAUCGUGGACACAGGAACCUCCCUGAUCGCCGGGCCGACCGCUGACAUCCUGCAGCUGCAGCAGCUGAUCGGAGCCACGCCCACAAACAUCGGAGAAUUCCUCAUCGACUGCGUCCGGUUGGCCAGUCUGCCCCAUGUGACCUUCGCCUUAGGAGGCAGAGAGUACACGCUGACGGCCGAGCAGUACGUACGCAAGGAGAUGCUCGGUGACAGAGAACUGUGCUUCAGUGGGUUCCAAACCGUGGACAUCGUGUCCCCCGAGGGCCCGCUGUGGAUUCUGGGAGACGUAUUUCUGACGGAGUACUACAGUAUCUUUGACAGAGCUCAGGACCGGGUCGGCUUCGCCCCCGCGAGACACAGAGGAGAGUUCAGUUCUGGAGAAUAAAGCAGUUCAAACCCAAACUGGCUCUGAGCCUCUUAGCUUAGCUUAGCUUAGCUUAGCUUAGCUAGCAUGGUCCUGUCUUCACAGACUCUCUUCUUUGGUUUGUUUUACUGGGGUACGAACACUAGGUGGUGUCAAACCCCAGGUGCUGGUACUAAUCACGAAUCAGACAUGAAUAAAAGAUGAA